AUGGGGAUCAAUAGGAGUGGCUCCACAUCGAAAAGCCCCAAGAACCUGGUAGUGUGUGAAUAGUGAAUACUGGAGGAAGACAGUGUGGGGGAGGUAGUGAGUGACUAGUAGCUUCCCUAGCUGCUCCGUCAGCAGCAUCACCUCAGCCCCACAGCUCAAUCAGAUCACUAGAGAGAACACAGCCAGUGUUCCAGGGCUCUGUUCUGUGCUAUAAGGAGAGGCCAUUACUGCUGGUCAGCCCUGUGUCCAGUCUACUGUGGCUAUGUCCUGCUCCUCCUCCGUCUCCUCCUCUACUGAGAGCUGCUAGUCUUUAUGUAACAUUUAAUUGACUAUAGCAUUCACAUCACCUUGUGAGGGGACAUUUUCUAAGAAGAAAUCAUGUCCAUAACUGCCGCUGUGAGAGGCAUAUCUUUGCAAUGCCCUCUCCUGCACUCUGCUUUGACUGGUUCCCCUACCACAGGAUCAUAACAUCUCCUCUGAUACAGCAUGCAUGAGAUGUUGGGAAAUGAACAGCCUGAUUGUCUUCCUAAGAGAUCGAAUUCUGAUAUACAGAUACAAUACAGGAUACAGUAUAGGAGAUUGCAGAUACAAUACAGGAUACAGUAUAGGAGAUUGCAGAUACAAUACAGGAUACAGUAUAGGAGAUUGCAGAUACAAUACAGAAUGCAACAGUUCUUGUGUCUUACUGACCCAAUAGACCAGCCAUUCAACAGGUGGACCGCGGUCCGGAUCUGGACCCAGAACUGGGUCAUUACGGACCGCGGGUCCUGACUUUAUUUAGGAACUCAGUUGGGCCUCAAUCCCUGGUGUCAUAUGAUAACACAUAAGACAUGGCAAAAUGUGUAGAAUUGCAGGAAAUUAGCUUUAAAACUGCAAAAGGAUCUCUUCGCCAACAAGAGGGGUGUGAACAGUUUGGGGUUGCAUGGGUUGCGGGGUGGGGGUUUGUUACUAUGCCGAUAAAUGACAAUAUCCAUCGGACCUUUGCCACUUAGGAAUUUGUGUGACCAGACCUUCUCAAAUAGUACUUGAGUACCCUGCAAUAGAUCAUCAAAACAUAGACGUAGUGCUGGAUGCCAGACUUCAAGUUGUCAUUUCCAGUGUGUUAGAACAGGUAGUGGUAUGGGACAGUAUGAGAUGGUUGUGAUAUCCUAGACAAUUAAUUACCCAAUGGUCCCAACAUACACACAGUCUGUUCAAAUGGAGUCUUACACAGGAAGCAGGCAAUUAUAACACCGCUGGUCUCUUUUCCUCACUCUUCACUCUCAGUCCUCACACCUACUGUAGCCAUCAUCCACCCCUCUUCCACCCAUCCCUAGCGACACACACACACACACAACAACUGUUCCCAUGGCAUCCACUUACUAGCACCUAGCUGACUGAUGAUUUGUGAUCUGCCAGCCUCACGCACACACACACACGCACUGAGGUAAUGUUGUAUCUCUUCAUCUAUCUUUGCAGGCGAACCCUCCCCCCGUCAUCGUCAACGCAGACUCACUGGAUGCAGGCCCUUAUGUAAAUAUUUGUUCUGUUGUCUCUGUGUGUGGAUGGAGUAUCUGUUCUGUUGUCUCUCUGUGUGUGGAUGGAGUAUAUAUUCUGUUGUCUCUGUGUGUGGAUGGAGUAUAUAUUAUGUUGUCUCUGUGUGUGGAUGGAGUAUAUAUUCAGUUGUCUCUGUGUGUGGAUGGAGUAUAUAUUCUGUUGUCUCUGUGUGUGGAUGGAGUAUCUAAUCUGUUGUCUCUCUUUGUGUGGAUGGAGUAUCUAAUCUGUUGUCUCUGUGUGUGGAUGGAGUAUAUAUUCUGUUGUCUCUGUGUGUGGAUGGAGUAUAUAUUCUGUUGUCUCUGUGUGUGGAUGGAGUAUCUAAUCUGUUGUCUCUCUUUGUGUGGAUGGAGUAUAUAUUCUGUUGUCUCUGUGUGUGGAUGGAGUAUAUAUUAUGUUGUCUCUGUGUGUGGAUGAACUAUCUAUUCUGUUGUCUCUCUGUGUGUGGAUGGAGUAUCUAUUCUGUUUUCUCUGUGUGUGGAUGGAGUAUCUAUUCUGUUUUCUCUGUGUGUGGAUGGAGUAUCUAUUCUGUUGUCUCUGUGUGUGGAUGGAGUAUCUAUUCUGUUGUCUCUGUGUGGAUGGAUGAAGUAUCUAUUCUGUUGUCUCUGUGUGGAUGGAUGGAGUAUCUAUUCUGUUGUCUCUGUGUGGAUGGAUGGAGUAUAUAUUCUGUUGUCUCUGUGUGGAUGGAUGUGCCUCACGGUCGCAGCAUGUAAGAUCACAUCUACUCACCAUGUGGACCUAUUUCAUUACCUCUAUUGACACUGCCUCUACAGCAUGAACAUGAUCCAGUUAUGCAUUUAGUAUGGUAAUGCAAGCGUUUGGAAUAGUUUCUACUGUAUUCCUGUAGGAUUCAUGGAAUGAGAAAAGCCUAAUGGUAAUAUUAAUAGUAAACAUUAUCAUAUUUGUAUAUUCAUUGUCAAACUCUGGAUAUAAUAGCCAAAACCAGCAAUGCUAAUUGUUCGAUGUAUGUCUAUGUUUAAUUCUGUGGUUAUUCAAAAUGAUUCUAUUGAGAUGAAAGAUUAGUCGAUUUUCUAUGAUCCUUUUCUGUUUUAUAUUAUUUCUAGGAUGUUUUCAUGUGGGAUGAUGAUACAUGAUGAUGAUGAUGAUGAUGAUGAUGUAACUGACCUGUAUGUGUUCUGUGUUGACAGGUAAAUGGCAGUGAUGGGAUGUAUAAAUAUGAAGAGAUCAUCUUGGAGAGGGUGAGUUUCACUAAAACCUUUAUAACCGCUCAUUAAUUUAAUGUCUUGCAAUCAAAUGUAUUUUUUUCAAAGCCUUUUGUUAAACACUUGAGCUUUUCCCACUAGAUGGCACUAAGAAGCUCUCUUUGGCUUUAUUAAGGUUUCUCAGUACAGUAAAUGUUGCUUAUAAUAUAUUAUAGAAAAACCAAAGCAAAUAAUUUCUCUAUCACAUAUGACAUUUUUUAUCUCUUAUAUAUAGUAACUCUGUAUAUAAAAGUGGUAAAGAUUAAGACAUCAGUCUUUGUAACAGCAGGCCUAUAUCUGAAUAUAUGCACAGAUUCUACAAUGAGGCAUCGUUUUUAUAUAAUAAAAUCGAAUCAAAUGUAUUUGUCACAUGCGCCGAAUACAACAGGUGUAGACUUUGCCGUGAAACACUUACUUACGAGCCCUUUCCCAACAAUGCAGAGUUAAAGAGCGACUGCCUUUAAAAAGCAAAUAAUCCCUUUGAAAACGGACAAUGUGGCAUCGAUAUGAGUCCGAAACAGUUAUUCUAGUGUCAGAUUUGACUACAAAGUAUAAAUAGGAUAAUUUUGGUCAUAAAGUCAGUCUCGUCUAAAACGGAGUUUGGAACAUCUGUGCGUCAAAACGGGUAAAUUAAGGUUGGGCUUUGAUUUGACGAUGUCCAUUUGCUCUAUCCAAUAGCAGUGAGACAGACCUGCCCAGCAGCUCCGACUUUGUUUAAAUAAGACAAAACGUCACGCAUUUUUUAUAUUGAGAAAUACUGCACCAAGCACCUUAGUUAGCUGUAAAAUUGCGCAACUAAAACAUCCUAGGCAAAAACGUCUCAAUGAUUUACAGCUUUCUGGAGUUACAGUGGCUUGCGAAAGUAUUCACCCCCCUUGGCAUUUUUCCUAUUUUGUUGCCUUACAACCUGGAAUUAAAAUUGAUUUUGGGGGGAUUUGUAUCAUUUGAUUUACACAACAUGCCUACCACUUUGAAGAUGCAAAAGUACAAGAAGUAAGACAAAAAAAAAAGAAAACUUGAGCGUGCAUAACUAUUCACCAAAGCCACCUUUUGCAGCAAUUACAGCUGCAAGUAUCUUGGUGUAUGUCUCUAAAAGCUUGGCACAUUGAGCCACUGGGAUUUUUGCCCAUUCUUCAAGGCAAAACUGCUCCAGCUCCUUCAAGUUGGAUGGGUUCCACUGGUGUACAGCAAUCUUUAAGUCAUACCACAGAUUCUCAAUUGGAUUGAGGUCUGGGCUUUGACUAGGCCAUUCCAAGACAUUUAAAUGUUUCCCCUUAAACCACUCGAGUGUUGCUGUAGCAGUAUGCUUAGGGUCAUUGUCCUGCUGGAAGGUGAACCUCCGACCCAGUCUCAAAUCUCUGGAAGACUGAAACAGGUUUCCCUCAAGAAUUUCCCUGUAUUUAGCGCCAUCCAUCAUUCCUUCAAUUCUGAUCAGUUUCCCAGUCCCUGCCGAUGAAAAACAUCCCCACAACAUGAUGCUGCCACCACCAUGCUUCACUGUGGGGAUGGUGUUACUCUUGAGUGGCGCAGUGGUCUAAGGCACUGCAUCGCAGUGCUAACUGUGCCACUAGAGAUCCUGGUUCGAAUCCAAGCUCUGUCGCACCUGGCCGCGACCGGGAGACUCAUGGGCGGCGCACAAUUGGCCCAGCGUCGUCCAGGGUAGGGGAGGGAAUGGCCGGCAGGGAUGUAGCUCAGUUGAUAGAGCAUGGCGUUUGCAACGCCAGGGUUGUGGGUUCGAUUCCCACGGGGGGCCAGUAUAAAAAAAAAAAAAAUGUAUUCACUAACUGUAAGUCGCUCUGGAUAAGAGCGUCUGCUAAAUGACUAAAAUGUAAAUGUAAAAAAUGUGUUCUUGGGGUGAUGAGAGGUGUUGGGUUUGCGCCAGACAUAGCGUUUUCCUUGUAGAAUUGUUUAUUUUUUUCUCUAAGCAAUGGCUUUUUUCUGGCCACUCUUCCGUAAAGCCCAGCUCUGUGGAGUGUACGGCUUAAAGUACUCCAAUCUCCGCUCUGGAGCUUUGCAGCUCCUUCAGGGUUAUCUUUGGUCUCUUUGUUGCCUCUCUGAUUAAUGCCCUCCUUGCCUGGUCCGUGAGUUUUGGUGGGUGGCCCUCUCUUGGCAGGCAGGUUUGUUGUGGUGCCAUAUUCUUUCCAUUUUUUUAUAAUGGAUUUAAAUGGUGUUUCGUGGGAUGUUCAACGUUUCGGAUAUUUUUUUAGAACCCAACCCUGAUCUGUACUUCUCCACAACUUUGUCCCUAACCUGUUUGGAGAGCUCCUUGGUCUUCAUGGUGCCGCUUGCUUGGUGGUGCCCCUUGCUUAGGGGUGUUGCAGACUCUGGGGCCUUUCAGAACAGGUGUAUAUAUGCUGAGAUCAUGUGACACUUAGAUUGCACACAGGUGGACUUUAUUUACAUUUUACAUUUUAGUCAUUUAGCAGACGCUGUUAUCCAGAGCGACAUACAGUUAGUGAGUGCAUACAUUUUUUUUUUCUCCAUACUGGUCCUCCGUGGGAAACGAACCCACAACCCUGGCGUUGCAAACGCCAUGCUCUACCAACUGAGCUACACGCCACUAUUUAACUAAUUAUGUGACUUCUGAAGGUAAUUGGUUGCACCAGAUCUUAUUUAGGGGCUUCAUAGCAAAGGGGGUGAAUACAUAUGCUCACACCACUUUUCCGUUAUUUUAGAAUUUUUCUAAACAAGUUAUUUUUUUUGAUUCCACUUCACCAAUUUGGACUAUUUUGUGUAUGUCCAUUACAUGAAAUCCAAAUAAAAAUCAAUUUAAAUGACAGGUUGUAAUGCAACAAAAUAGGAAAAAUGCCAAGGGGGAUGAAUACUUUUGCAAGGCACUGUAUCUUAGACUCAUUCUGGGGAUUUUGAGGAAGUGAAAUAGGCUUCUACAGUGUCUCAUGGGGGACCAACAUCAUUAACCAAACGCGGAAUCGGUCAUGAAACACACCUCCAAGACUGAAAUCUCUUUUUUCUAAUGAGCAACAGAAAAACACAUGUGCCAAUCGGCGUGUUUUCCAGCUCUUUAAAAUGUAUAUAUAUAUUUUUUAAUAAAUAAAAGGAAAUAGUAACACAAGAAAAUAACAAUAACGAGGCUAUAUACAAUUAGAACCGGUACCGAGUCAAUGUGCAGGGGUGCGAGGCAGUUGUGGUAAUUGAGGUAAAAUGUACAUGUAGGUACGGGUAAAAGUGACUAGGCAAUGAGGAUAGAUAAUAAGUAGCAGCAGCAUAUGCACAUUGUCAUCGUCAGGCCUCUAUAGGCCUCAUACUGCACAUAUUAAAUAGUUCAGAAGUAAACGCCAUAUCUCCGUACACACACACUCUCAGGACCCUUGACAGUGGUACUUAUCAGUGGCAGAGUUCAGUUUAUAGUGGAGCGCAGACGUACUGUAUGUUCCUGCUCUUGUUAUUCCACCCACAGAUAGAUGCAGGGCUGCUUUCUCCAUCUUCCUCUCUGAGUGGCGUUUCUGCAUGCAGAGGCUUAAAUAAACUAGAUAAAAUCACACUUGAAAAGGUCUGUGGGUGUGGAACAUUUGGUGGUCGGGCCCAGUGCACUCCUUUUGGCUCAGGAGCAGCGCACUGGGAGGCCUCAGCCUUGCUCUGUCCUAAUUGGUUGCGACCGUUUCUCAUUAAUUAUAGAAAAUAAUAAAGUGAAGUAUUUUCUCAGCUGUCUUGUUUGGAGCCUGUCUCUGCAGCCAUGGCUGUCAGAUAGAACAGCACGCCUGGGCCCACUGUUUCCAGAUGGGUGCUUUGUCAUUCUGGGGGAGAGGUGGGGGAAAGGGGGUGCAUAUAGAGAAAAGAAAGGGAAGUUGUGUACCAUGCAAGUCUUUAGAGAAAUGAAGCUUCUCUUGUCUUUCACUUAUGAAUCAGUCCUUUUUCUUUAACAAUUACACCUACACCAUUUGGACCGCUUCAUCUUACAUACAUUUAGAAUUAAGUGACUUGAUCUUACUAUGUAGUUUGUAGAAUGAAGUAAAUUCAAUGUGAGGGAGAUGCACACAUGUAUGAGAAAGUGCCGUGGUCAUCAGUAAUGUUGAAUUCCCCUGAGCGCUAUUCAUAGAUCACGUUCCCCUGAGACUUCAAUACCAUUAAGAAGAAGCACCUUAUCCCCCUUGAGUCCACACACCUUGAGUGGGACGGGACCCAUCACUCAUGCAGUAGAGCUGUGUGUGCCUGCAUGCACGUGUGCGUGCGUGAAAGUGUGCACAGCUGCACGCCAGAGGAGACUGGUGGGAGGAGCUAUAGGAGGACGGGUUCACUGUAAUGGCUGGAAUGGAAUAAAUGGAACGGAGUCAAACGUGUGUUUUCCAUAUUUUUGAUGUGUUUGAUACUGUUCCAUUUAUUCCAUUCCAGCCAUCCAGGCUCUGUCAUAGCCGGCCGCGACCGGGAGACCCAUGGGGCGGCGCACAAUUGGCCCAGCGUCGUUCAGGGUAGGGGAGGGAAUGGCCGGCAGGGAUGUAGCUCAGUUGGUAGAGCAUGGCGUUUGCAACGCCAGGGUUGUGGGUUCGAUUCCCACGGGGGGCCAGUAUGAAGUAAAAUAAUGUAUGCACUCACUAACUGUAAGUCGCUCUGGAUAAGAGCGUCUGCUAAAUGAGUAAAAUGUAAUUACAAUGAGCCCUUCCUCCUAUAGCUCCUCCCACCAGCCUCCUCUGCUGCACGCUCACGUGUGUUUGUGUGUGUGUGUGUGUCUAUUGUAUCUCUUCUAUGUGUAAUGCGUUAUAACCACUCUGCAGGGUAACUCUGGCCUGGGCUUCAGCAUCGCUGGGGGGAUGGACAAUCCACACAUCCCAGAUGACCCAGGCAUCUUCAUCACCAAGAUUAUCCCUGGAGGAGCUGCAGCUAUGGACGGCAGGCUGGGGUGAGUUAGUCUCCCCCCCCCCCCCCCCCCCCCCCAUCUCUAUUUCUCUAUCGCUCUCUCUUUCUCUCUCACGUCACCAUUUCCCUCCCGCCUGACAGUCAGAGGUGUGUGUGAGGCAGUGCCUCUUCAGCCCUCUGCCCCCGGGCUCUGUCUGUUUCCACUAAGUGGUGAUUCACUGGAAAACCAAAGCCUAAAACAUGCAAAUUAUAUAUCUCGAGUGCUUUCGGUGUGCUGCCGGCCUCUGUGUUUGUGUUUGUUUGUUUUAUGUGUGUUUGUGCAUUUGACUAGCAGUUGACUAGUCUGACUAACAGUUGAUUCUAUCCAUAUUGUAGAGCCUGUGGAUUGACAUAAAUUCCAUAAUUAUGAUUCAGCAGGCAAACAGAUAAAUCAUCAUAUAGUGUAUAUACACUGAGUGUACAAAACAUUAAGAAUGCCUGCUCUCUCCAUGACAUAGACUGACCAGUGAAAGCUAUGAUCCCUUAUUGAUGUCACUUGUUAAAUCCACUUCAAUCAGUGUAGAUGAAGGGGAGGAGACGGGUUAAAGAAGGAUUUUUAAGCCUUGAGACAUGGAUUGUGUAUGUGUGCCAUUCAGAGGGUGAAUGGGCAAGACAAAAGAUUUAAGUGCCUUUGAACUCCGUAUUAGGAAGGUGUUCUUAAUGUUUUGUACACUCAGUGUAUAUUAUGUAUGUGUAUAUACAGUACUAACAGCAUUGUAAAAUAUGAACGUUGUUUCCCCUCGUCUCCCCAGGGUGAAUGACUGUGUGCUGCGUGUGAACGAGGUGGAUGUGUCUGAGGUGGUCCACAGCCGGGCGGUGGAGGCCCUGAAAGAGGCUGGCCCUGUGGUCAGGCUGCUGGUCAGGAGAAGACAGGCCCCUCCUGAGACCAUCCUGGAGAUCAACCUGCUCAAGGGGCCCAAAGGUCAGCUAUAUACACUACAUACAGUGACUUCGGAAAGUAUUCAGACCCUUUGACUUUUUCCACAUUAUUCUAAAAUUGAUUUAAAUAAAACAAAUUAUCAUCAAUCUACACACAAUACCCCAUAAUGACAAAGCAAAAACAGAUUUUUAGAAUUAAAAACUGAAAUAUAACAUUUACAUAAGUAUUCAGACCCUUUACUCAGUACUUUGUUGAAGCACCUUUGGCAGCGAUUACAGCCUCGAGUCUACUUGGGUAUGACGGUACAUUCUUCUCUGCAGAUCCUCUCAAGCUCUGUCAGGUUGGAUGGGGAGCGUAGCUGCACAGCUAUUUUCAGGUCUUUCCAGAUAUGUUAGAUCGGGUUCAAGUCCGGGCUCUGGCUGGGCCACUCAAGAACAUUCAGAGACUUGUCCCAAAGCCACUCCUGCGUUGUGUUGGCUGUGUGCUUAGGGUCGUUGUCCUGUUGGAAGGCCCCAGUGUGAGGUCCUGAGCGCUCUGGAGCAGGUUUUCACCAAGGAUCUCUCUGUACAUUGCUCCGUUAAUCUUUCCCUUGAUCCUGACUAGUCUCCCAGUCCCUCCCGCUGAAAAACAUCCCCACAGCAUGAUGCUGCCACCACCAUGCUUCACCGUAGGGAUGGUGCCAGGUUUCCUCCAGACGUGAUGCUUGGCAUUCAGGCCAAUGAGUUCAAUCUUGGUUUCAUCAGACCAGAGAAUCUUGUUUCUCAUGGUCUGACAGUCUUUAGGUGCCUUUUGGCAAACUCCAAGCGAGCUGUCAUGUGCCUUUUACUGAGGAGUGGCUUCCGUCUAGCCACUCUACCAUAAAGGCCUGAAUGGUCGAGUGCUGCAGAGAUGGUUGUCCUUCUGGAAGGUUCUCCCAUCUCCACAGAGGAACUCUGGAGCUCUGUCAGUGUGACCAUCGGAUUCUUGGUCACCUCCCUGACCAAGGCCCUUCUCCCCCGAUUGCUCAGCUCUAGGAAGAGUCUUGGUGGUUCCAAACUUCUUCCAUUUAAGAAUGAUGGAGACCACUGUGUUCUUGGGGACCUUCAAUACUGCAGAAUUGUUUUGGUACCCUUCCCCAGAUCUGUGCCUCGACACAAUCCUGUCUCGGAGCACUGCGGACAAUUCCUUCGACCUCAUGGCUUGGUUUUUGCUCUGACAUGCACUAUCAACUGUGGGACCUUAUAUAGACAGGUGUGUGCCUUUCCAAAUCAUGUCCAAUCAAUUGAAUUUACCACAGGUGGACUCCAAUCAAGUUGUAGAAACAUCUCUUAUAAGAACCUGUUUUCGCUUUGUCUUUAAGGGGUAUUGUGAGUAGAUUGCGGAGGAAAUGUUUUUAUUUAAUCCAUUUUAGAAUAAGGCUGUAACCUAACAAAAUGUGGAAAAAGUCAAGGGGUCUGAAUACUUUCCGAAGGCACUGUAUAUGAAUGAAUCCUCAUUGUGAGGGCCAGGAUUUUCUUGGCCCCUAUAACUUAACUGUAAUAUAUAUAAGAAUAUGACUAUGUAUAUAUGAAUAGUGUGUAAAUAGUAUUUUUGUUGUCUCUUGGUGUCUUUCCAAUAUAUUUUAUAUAAAACAUUUUAUUUAGAAUUUAAUGUAAUAUCUUAUGUUGUUCUUGUCUAUAACUGUUCGGUACAGGAAGAGUAGCUGCUGUAUGUGCAGUAUCUAAUGGGGAUCCUAAUUAACUAAACUAAAUUCCCCUGGGCAAUUCUAGGUCAACUCUGAAAUUGGAACAUACGUUUCGAUUAUUUUUGAGAAUUUGAAUUGUCCCCAUUGAAAAUGUUGUACAAUUUUCUGUUCUUGACUGUCCUCUGUGUGGUUCUCACCCACAGGCCUUGGCUUCAGCAUCGCUGGGGGGAUCGGCAACCAGCACAUCCCUGGAGACAACAGCAUUUACAUCACAAAGAUCAUUGAGGGCGGUGCCGCACAGAAAGACGGUCGGCUGCAGACCGGAGACCGCCUGCUAGCUGUAAGAACACAUCUACUCUGCACUUCGUUCAUUACCUGGGCUUACCCCUGCUUUGAUGUAGCAGAGGUGGUUUGGUAAAGCCAGAGUGAAUGCCUAGACUUAAGCUCAGUGGCCUAAUACAUUAUUUAAUUGUGCAGAAAACCCGGGUUCCAUACCCAGUCAAUUACACAGAAAGUGACCUACGAUACUGAACUCUAAUGGAUGCCCAGAACACUCUUGAUUCGCUUACUGUUUAGUGAUCCAUACCCUGCACACAUCAGGACACUGCUACUUUGGUGGGUGCCUCUGUGCCCAUCCCUGGACGUUUCUCAGGAGAGCCAGGCGAGGCGACUCGCAUCAGCGUUUAUGGCCCUGUGUGUGAUUGAUACGGUGCUGGAGACCGGGUUCAAACGGCCCAGCUGCUCCCCCGGCAUAUUCUGUUCCACACCGGCAAAAGAUAAAGAGAACCACCUGCCAGUCUGAAUGAGUGACUACGCUGUUAGAAAAAUAUGAGAUGUGUUUAAGACUGCCAUAAAUAAGAACAUAGCCAUUAAGCACUGCUACCUUCGUGGGGGGAAGAGCUGUGAGUGACUACAGCUGCCCAACACAGUACACUUCUGGAUGACCAUAUCAUUUGUGCUACUUGAUCAACAUUUUUCCCCAAAUCCAUGCAUUUUUCUGUAGACACAAUGAUGCAGACGUGGUGGCUCCUUAAAUAAGUAACAUCUCGCGACUGUACCUGUAUGGAGCAGCUCUGUUCAAAACCUUUGUAAUAUUAUCACAUACUGUGUCUUAGUAGUACACAGUAACAGUAGUGUAUGAUUGAUGUGUGUGUGGCUCAGGCAAACUAAAAGAGGGAGCUAUAAGCCUCAGUGUUGUGAACAUGAGGAUUUGACUGUGGUCUGUGUGCUCCAGGUGAACAACAUCAUCCUGCAGGACGUGCGUCACGAGGAGGCGGUGGCGGCACUGAAGAACACCUCUGACAUGGUCUACCUCAAGGUGGCCAAGCCCGGACCUGUGCACCUCAACGACAUGUACGCCCCUCCGGACUACUCCAGCAGUACGUAUCUUCUUCUGCUAGCUACUGUAUUCCCCUAUGGCUCAAACUAAACACUCCCCCUCCUCUCCUACUCUCAUACUGCUCACAAUGAAUACAACUACAAUUGAAUGUAGUUGCCUCAAUGGUACCGGCACACAGAGUUUGUUUUAAUGGAAGACCACAGAAACCCUGCGGUAAUAACACUGGUGCUCUCUUUCCACACUCCUCAUUCUCAGUUUAUACCUAAACCUCAAAACCCAACCCAGGCAUCAGUUGUUUGAAGAAUGUUCUGUUAAUUAGCAUUACCUUUAGGUCAGGGGUCAGCAAACCUUUAUGACUGGAAGAGCAAUUGUCUUUCACACCAAAAAAAUUAAGUGUUGAGAAAUUCGAGCCCUUUUCAAGCACAAUAGCGGCAAUAUCUGAUAUUCAGCACCACGGAUAGCAGUCAGAUCAAAUUACUAUGAGAUCUGGCAGUUCAGGGUCAUAGAGCAGUGGACACAGCAGCUGGCUGGUGAAAUUGCAGGGAGAAUCAAAUCUUGUGAACAUACAUUAAAUAUGCUACAGAAGUGGUGUUACUUUUUUUAUUUUAAAACCUACCAACAAAGGAAAUGUUGUUUUCCAGUGAUUAAUUGAAAUACCCACAUCAAGCCCCGCAAGAUAUUAAAUAAUGAAACACAGAUACACAAAUAUUUUAAUGCAACAGAAGGUUUGAUUGUAAUCAAUAUUUAUUAUACUGCUUUAACAUAAGUGUUUGUUUAUUUACUUUACUUUUAUAAAUGAGAAAUUAGCCCAUUCAGGCAGGCCUUGUCUGCACACUUUCAGCAACAGAAACUUAACCUGCAAAGUAAGAUAACAAGGUUUUAACAUGUAUUUUCCUGUAGAUUGUAGUUAGUCCCGAUCUUUCCAGACCCAUCUAUUUCUGAUUGAAAAUACAAAAAAGAUAUAUAGUUAUUUGUUUGUUUGUUGAGGAAAUCUAUACAUAGCCAGGGAGCCGCGGGUUGCUGAGGUACACAACCCUGUCCCUGCCACAGGGGAUGUGUAUGGGUUAUCUCAGUGAGUGGUAGAGCUGUUUCAGUGUUCUCUCCUCAGCGUGGCUGUGCCCAGACUCCUACAUGGUGCAGACACACUGCUGCCCACUGAAACAUCAAGCCCAGCUCUCUCUCCCUCUCUCUCUCCCACUGAGUGUGGAGGCUAUCUCACAUCCCACACACCUGCUCAGGAGAACCCAUGGCCUGGGGAUCCUGCAAGCCACACACAUCGAUUUCCCGAAGAACCACACACACACACACUCACACACACACACACAAUACCUGUACUGGACUAUAUGUAAUUAUUACAGGUAUACUAUAUUGUACUAAACAAUGUCAACCAGUGAUUUAUUAUCAAAGGGCCUGUACAGUAGUACUGUAUAUGUUUGUUGUUGUUAUGUAUGUGUGGUUGCCAUGACUUGAGCAAGCCCUUUAUACUGACUUAAAGGAGUAGUUCACUAUUUUACAACAUGAUGUUAGAUGGUUCCUAUAACGGUGGCUAUAGUUAGCUGAAGUUUGUAGUGGUUGUUUAAAGAAAACCGAACCAUGGAUUACAAUUUCUACUGGCCCAUAUACUACUUUCAGGUUGAGGAACCAUCUAACAUCAUAUUAUAAACUACUGAACUACUCCUUUAAGCCAGCUCUGACAGUAUGACCUAUAGUCAGAUGAUCUACAGGGGAUUUUAGAGCCAUGGUCAUAAGUACUCUAGCCCCCAUGAUGGAAUGUAAAUCUGGGGACUUUCUAGACUUUAGCUACUCAAAAUCUCUGGUGUAGGACAUAUUGUGGUCUCACAGUAGCCUGCACACAUCUAUUAUAUCUCAGGUAUAGAGAAUACCCACACUGACUAAUCUGUAAAGAGAAUAUUGUCUUUAAUGGGGCAUAGAUUUUUUAACAGGCAUCGUUACAUAUAUGAUAGUGUUGUGAGUUGAUCCCUCCUGGCAUGAGUGCUCCCAGGCCUCCAGCGGCCUCCAGUGGACCACUGUUUUAAUCAUCCUUCCUUUCCAUCUACUGGUCUGGCCCUCCCUGCCCUCCCUCCAGCCUUCCCUGCCCUCCCUCCAGCCUUCCCCACCAUGGUGGACAACCACAUCAGCCACAACUCAGGCAUGGCCUACAUGGGAGCUAUGGAGCCCAAGCCCGUGUACAGCCAGCCCCCCCAGGUCACGCCCUCCAGGUACUCCCCAGACCCCCGCCACAUGCUGGGGGAGGAAGACUUCACCAGGUCAGUACCAUUUUUUUUCCGUUUUUUUUUUUUAUACCACGGCUAAGGGCUGUUCUUAUGUACGACUCAACGUGGAGUGCCUGGACACAGCCCUUAGCCUUGGUAUACUGGCCAUAUAUCACAAACCCCCGAGGUGCCUUAUUGCUAUUAUAAAUUGCUAUUAGAGCAGUACAAAUACAUGUUUUGUCAUACCUGGUCUGAUAUACCAUGGCUGUCAGCCAAUCAGCAUCCAGGGCUUGAUUCAGGGCUCAAACCACCAAGUUUAUAAUAUGUUUUUUACCAUGUGAAUGUACAGUACCAGUCAAAAGCUUGGACACACCUAUUCAUUCAAGGGUUUUUCUCUAUUUCUACUAUUUUCAACAUUGUAGAAUAAUAGUGAAGACAUCAAAACUAUGAAAUAACACAUAUGGAAUCAUGUAGUAACCAAAAAAAAGUGUUAAACAAAAUAUAAUUUAGAUUUUAGAUUCUUCAAAGUAGCCACCCUUUGCCUUGAUGACAGCUUUGCACACUCUUGGCAUUCUCUCAACCAGCUUCACCUGGAAUGCUUUUCCAACAGUCUUGAAGGAGUUCCCACAUAUGCUGAGCACUUGUUGGCUGUUUUUCCUUCACUCUGCAGUCCAACUCAUCCCAAACCAUCUCAAUUGGGUUGAGGUCGGGUGAUUGUGGAGGCCAGGUCAUCUGAUGCAGCACUCCAUCACUCUCCUUCUUGGUUAAAUAGCCCUUACACAGCCUGGAGGUGUGUUGGGUCAUUGUCUUGUUGAAAAACAAAUGAUAGUCCCACUAAGUGCAAACCAGAUGGGAUGGCGUAUCGCUGCAGAAUGCGGUGGUAGCCAUGCUGGUUAAGUGUGCCUUGAAUUCUAAAUAAAUCACAGACAGUGUCACCGGCAAAGCACCAUCACACCUCCUCCUCCAUGCUUCACGGUGGGAACCACACAUGCGGAGAUCAUCUGUUCACCUACUCUGCAUCUCACAAAGACACAGUGGUUGGAACCAAAAAUCUCAAAUUUGAACUGAUUAGACCAAAGGACAGAUUUCCACCGGUCUAAUGUCCAUUGCUCUGUGUUCUUGGCCCAAGCAAGUCUCUUCUUCUGAUUGCUGUCCUUUAGUAGUGGUUUCUUUGCAGAAAUUCGACCAUGAAGGCCUGAUUUCACGCUGUCUCCUCUGAACAGUUGAUGUUGAGAUGUGUCUGUUACUUUAACUCUGUGAAGCAUUUAUUUGGGCUGCAAUUUCUGAGGCUGGUAACUCUAAUGAAUUUAUCCUCUGCAGCAGAGGUAACUCUGGGUCUUCCUUUCCUGUGGCGGUCCUCAUGAGAGCCAAUUUCAUCAUAGCGCUUGAUGGUUUUUGCGACUGCACUUGAAGAAACGUUAAAAGUUCUUGAAAUGGUCCAUAUUGACUGACCUUCAUGUCUUAAAGUAAUGAUGGACUGUCGUUUCUCUUUGCUUAUUUGAGCUGUUCUUGCCAUAAUAUGGACUUGGUCUUUUACCAAAUAGGGCUAUCUUCUCUAUACCACCCCUACCUUGUCACAACACAACUGAUUGGCUCGCAUUAAUUCCACAAAUUAAAGUUUAACAAGGCAUACCUGUUAAUUGACCAAAGGACCCCACCUCUUUAAGGAAUACCUGGGAUAGGAUAAAGUAAUCCUUCUACCCCCCCCCCCCCCCAAAAUUGUAAAGUGGUUAUCCCACUGGCUAUAUGGUGAACGCACCAAUUUGUGAGUCGCUCUGGAUAGGAGCGUCUGCUAAAUGACGUAAAUGUGCCCUUGAGCAAGGCACUUAACCCUAAUUGCUCCUGUAAGUCGCUCUGGAUAAGAGCGUCUGCUAAAUGACUAAAAUGUAAAUGUAAAUGUAAAUGUAAUUGAAAUGCAUUCCAGGUGACUACCUCAUGAAGCUGGUUGAGAGAAUGCCAAGCGUGUGCAAAGCUGUCAUCAAGGCAAAGGGUGGCAACUUUGAAGAAUCUCAAAUAUAAAAUAUAUUUUGAGUUGUUUAACACUUUUUUGGUUACUACAUUAUUCAAUAUGUGUUAUUUCAUAGUUUUGAUGUCUUCACUAUUAUUCUACAAUGUAGAAAUAGUCAAUAUAAAGAAAAACCCUGGAAUGAGUAGGUGUGUCCAAACUUUUGAAUAGUACUAUAAGUUUAAGAGUAGUUUUGACAAUCCAGGGUUAGAGUCACUUUCUCAUGUCAAAAUAGCACAGGGAAACCAGAGAGCGCAGUAAGAGGCCUUUUUGUUGUGAACUUCAGAAUAUUCAUUCCUUAAUCUUGGUGUGGUGACUGUUGCUUUACUUGGCGUUCCCUGGUGUUGGUGUCGUGUCUUUCUUUGGUGAUAUGUAUGUAGAUUUAUGUAGUUUAGUGGGCCUUAAACAGUGUGGCAAUGUGUUUGUCUCUGGUUGACUAGCUGGGCAAGAAGGGUUCAGUUUUGUCUGAGGUGGCAAUGUAUUGCCCAAAUACCUCAAAGAAGCCCUCUCAUCCCAUAGUCCCUUGGCCUUGUUCUCCCUUACGACCUCUUGGCCAAACACUGAAACAACAUUCACAGAGCCCCAGAGUCACCUUAAUACCUAUUGCGUGUGUUUGUGUACCUCUGCCUGUGUGUGUGUGCAUAUGCGAUGUGUGACAAUGACUGUAUGGUGCAUGUGGGCGUGUGUUUGUGUGUAUCGACUGUGUGAGUGUGUACUGUGUGUAGCAGUUUCUAUGAAUGCGCAUGUACGUAUGUGUAUUUGUUCUGUGUAUUUGUCCCGUAUACUGUACAUGUGUUUGUGUGUUCUGUUUUUGUGUCCUACUCAAGCCCCAUUCACUGUGAUUUCUGUACUCCCCCACCAGGCCUGAACCUAUUUACAAUGUCAUCCACAAACAACCUGGGGACAGCGGGGUCCCCCUGGGUCUCUACAGCAGGGGGGCACCCAGGAACACAGGCUACUGUUCUGGCUAAGGCCCAGUCCCCUCCUCUGGCAGGUACUAACCCAGUGUCAUCGCUACGUCCGCUUAGCUAACCUUACUACAGCGCUGUGUUGCCCUACCUUCAACCCCUCGCCACACCUGUAUUUGGGCUUGGCAGUAGACUGUGGUGCCUGGAGACGGGUGAAGGGGCGGUAG